GUGUUGGUUUAUUUUCUGUGUUAGUUUAUUUUCUGUGAUUCUAACCGCAAAAAUAAUUCAAUCUACAAUAAAGUUAUUCAUGCAUUUGAUGUAUUACUGUUAUUUAUAUAGUUUAUAUAGUGUCACUAAGAAGUAUUUGGAUAAUAAUUCAUUGGCCUAACAAUAAAUAUGGGGACCGAAAGAAAUGACAGCGAAUCAGAACCUGAAGAAAGUUUAAAAAGAUCCAUGCCAACUGAUGAAUUGGAGAGCUCUACAGGUCGAAAAAAAAAGAAGUUGGACCACCCUUCUAUCAAGGAACUUAUGGAAUUGAAUGAAGCAAAGAGAUCAGUUAAAUCCUUUUUUCGUUUACAAAUUCAGAAACUUUUAGAAGAAACAGAAAUAAAAAAUAAAUAUAGGAAGCAAUUGACAUCUUGGGUGAAUGAAUUUCAAAAAUUUGAGAAUAGUGAUAAUAUUUUUAGCCAAACAGAAAAUUCCAAGUUUUUCAAAUCUUUGAAAAAGAAGCUAAAUAAGAAACUUUGUUGUGAUCAUGAUUUUCCAAUCACUUUUGUGAAGCCUGAAGUUAUAGAUAUUUUUGGAUUAUACAAAAUUAAUGCUUUCCCAGGUCCACAUAUUGAAGCAAAUCUUCAUGUAACAAUUCCUAGGAAGUGCCUAAAUGUGAAGGAUUACUUGAAUAACAGAUACUUCAUAAAAAAAUAUUAUUACUUGAUGUAUAUUGCUGAAUAUUUACAGAGAAAUAAUAUGUGCUCAAGUAUAAAAUAUGCAUAUUAUAAUGAAAAUAUUCUACUACCUUACUUGAUUUUAACUCCAAUUAAUACAGACAAAAUAACUGUGAAGUUAUUUUUAGUUCCUGAACAAAAUUACUUCAAAAAUACCAGAUAUUCUCCAGAAGUGAAUAAUGUUAAAACACAACUUUUUGAACAAGAUUAUGGAAGUAUAGAUGAUAUAGGUGAACUUCCAACAACCUACUAUAAUGUAGCAUUGGCUUUUGAUGCUUCAUUGGUUGAAAAUCAUGUUUUUAUGGAGAAAAUCUUUAGUAGUUCGCAAAGUAUUCAAGAAGGAAUCAAACUGAUCGUCAUUUGGAUGAACCAAAGAAAAUUAUAUACUGGAUCAGGAGGCUUUUCAAACGAUUUGGCAGUCUAUUUUAUAGUUUACUUAGUGUCUCGAGGACAUCUCAACAAAAGUAUGACAGCUCAACAGGUGUUUAGAAAUUUUCUGUAUUUUAUUUAUACUACUGACCUAACAAGAACACCUCUUAGUAUUUGUGAAGAAAUAUCUGAAGAGGUCUUACAGAAAUAUAAAGCUGCCUUUGAUAUUGUACUGAUGGAUCGAAUGGGGUACUAUAAUACAGCUGCUUUUCUAAAUAUCAACACAUAUCUAAAGAUGAGGAAUGAGUGUAAAUUAGCAUUAGAUAAUUUGGAUCACUCCGAUUCAAAUUCUUUCACUAAUUUGUUCUUAACAAAAAUUCCUAUACAUCUCCAAUUUGAUGCCUUUAUAGAUAUUAAAAAUGAAAACAAUUAUGAAUUCUUAUUGGGAAAAGUUAGUUUUCAAGAAAAAGCUAAAUAUCUAGGUAAUUAUAAGACCUUGGUAAUAAAAAAUCUGUUGAAUUACUUGAACAAAGGAUUUAAUAAAAGAGUAAUGAAUAUUGUACCUCUUAUGCCUAGUUGUAACGAGUGCGACUAUAAAGAAAAUUUCAAAAAAACUGGUGAAAGAAUAUUAUUUGGCAUACAACUCAAUCCAGAUUUGGCAUUUGAAAUUUUAGAAUAUGGUCCAGUUUUAAAUGAUCCUGAAGAGGAGAAUUUCAAGGAGUUUUGGGGAGAUCUUUCUUCAAAUAGAAGAUUUCGUGAUGGAACAGCUAAAAUUGUUGUAUAUUUCGAAACCAAUACAAUGAAAGCUAAAAGGGAUAUCAUACAGACAAUUACCAAUUAUGUAAUGGGAGAAAAAUUACAAUUGAAUCAUAAAUUUUACUAUAAUGAGUUAGAAGAAGUUCUAUUGAAUAAAAAAAUUGAAACAUGGUAUCCGUUUGGUACAAAUGAGGAAACUAGCUUGAGAAUUAUCAAACUGUCAGAUGAUUUGGGUCAAAAGAUUAGAUCUUUGAGUUUGAAACUAGGAAUAAGUGGUAUUGGAGGAAUUUCAGAUGUUUUCUGUUACACCAAUGUAUACCCACCCUUACCAACUUCAUAUAUAUGUGGAAAAAAAAUUACUACACUGAAAGAGCAUAACAUAAUUUUAAAAGAUAAGAGGCUUAAUGCAUGCCCCAAAUAUGUAGAACCUGUUGAGUGUGUCAUUCAAUUGGCUCACAGUUCUAAAUGGCCUGGAGAUUUAAAUAAACUACAGCAUAUGAAAACAGCCUUCUUAAUACAUAUUUCUGAUCUUUUGAAAAAACAAUUCGAUAUUGUUUCAACUGUAACUCCCCCAUACCUUGAUAUUCUUUUUGGGGGCAUUGUAUUUCGAUAUGCCUUACAUCUAUCCAAAGAAAUAGCUCUCCUGAAAAGAGAUGUGGAUGAUAAUGGUUCCAAGGUGCAUAAUGAUAACAACUCUAGUCUUGAUAUGGAAAAGAAAUUUAUUGUGGUUCCAAAAAUUGUUGGUGCAUUGAAAGGGAUCCAUGCCCAAUUUUCCAGUUAUGGAGUGAGUACUUGUUUAGCCAAAAGGUGGAUUAGAGCACAGUUAAUAGACGACUUCCUUUUUCCUGACAUGGUAAUAAACUUAUUGAAUGCACAUCAAUAUGUACAUAAAUAUUUAUAUAAUCCAGCUGUGUCCCCUCAAGAAGCAUUCCUACGGUUUUUGAAAUUUUUAGUAGAAGCCCAAUGGGACUGGCAACCUAUCGUAAUCAAUUUCAAUAAUGAAUUAUCAGAGGAAAGGAUAUUCAGGCUAGAAACUGACAUGGAAAAAAAUAGGGGAAACUAUCCAGAUUUGUUCAUUUUAACCCCAUACGAUGAUAAUUCAUCAUUCACAGCAACAGCUCCAUGUAAACAAGUACUUAUUAGGCUCAAAGUUCUUGCUACUGAAUUCUUAAAUUAUUUCGAGAAAAUGAUUAUGGAAGAAUCUCUUUGUGACUGGAAGGACUUAUUUAUACCAAAUGCCACAGGAUUUGACUAUGUUUUGAAUGUGAAAUAUCUUUUGAAUCCAAGAAGACACGAGGCCUUAUCUAAUAAUGAAAUUGAUUCACAAAUAACUUACAUGGAGCCUAAGGAGAAUCAACAUAUGCCUGUUAUAAAGUUUGAUCCUAUUCAAAUUUUAUUAAAAGAAUUAAGGAAUACUUAUGGAGAUCACUGUGUCUUUUUCCAUGACACUUAUGGCGGUAGUUACAUAGGUGUUUUGUGGAAACCUGAUGUGCCCCUAGAAUCUAAAGAAGAUAUAAAAAGAGGAUUUGAAAUCAUAGGAAAAAAUAUAUUAAAAAACAAUAAAUAAAAACUAUUUCCAAUCCUGACGGUGACGGUCCUCUUUUGAAAUUAUAACAAAUGCAUUUGCCUAAUGCCAGGCAUAAAAUUCAAUGGAAAUGUCAGGUCCGCCAACACAAUUUUCGUCCGUUUGAUGUCUAAAAACCUGGUGUAUGGACUGAUUAGUCCAUUUUUUUUGUUUUGCCAAUUUUGAGAAUAUUAGUUUAAGCUUCUUAUUAGCUGGGAUCGGGUUUUAAUU